CAGGACGCUCAAAAGCAGCCCGUUAAGCUCGCCCGUGUCAUCAAAGUUCUUGGCCGCACCGGUUCGCGUGGUGGUGUGACUCAGGUCCGCGUCGAGUUCAUGGACGAUACCGCUCGCAGCAUCAUCCGUAACGUCAAGGGUCCCGUCCGCGAGAACGACAUUCUCUGCCUCUUGGAAUCCGAACGUGAAGCCCGC